AGCACAUCGCACGCCACCAUAACCGUUCGAAUGGCGAACAGACAGUUGACCGGCUCAGCGAUUUACCCGACUCAGUACUGACUCACAUUCUCUUUCUCCUCCCGACCAAAUCCUCGGUAAGAACCAGCAUUCUAGGUCAAAGAUGCAGGUAUGUCUGGGCUUACGUCCCCAAUUUAGUAUUCAUCAACAAUUUUCAAGAUGAAGAAGCUUCAUCUUAUAUAUGCUCAAUACGAAGCUAAUGAAUCCCUUCAGCACCUUCUUUCCGGCUGUCCGGUGCUCAAGGAGUUGGAAAUCUAUCUAUACGUCGAUUAUUAUCAUUGUCAAAUAUCUUCGCCCACAAUUAAAAGGCUCAUCGUCAAUCUUCAUUUUCAUGAUGCGGAAUAUGACAAUCAAAACUACUACCACAUGCUCGAGAUAAAUACACCUGCCCUUGUUUAUCUCAAGUUUGUCGAUUACUCGGGUCAACAUAUCAAAUGUGGGGCGCUAACCUCCUUAAUCGAAGCAGAUAUCGAUAUUUGCGGCGCCAAGGGGGAACGAAAGGAUUUUCUCUACUCUCGAUCUGCGCUGGAAUUUAUUGAUACGCUCCACGGCGUCAAGUGGCUAAAAUUAGAUUUAUUGGCUCGUACAAAGAUUUGUGACUCGGUAUUCUCUACCUGGAAGGGUAAAGUUUCCGUAACUUAACCAAACUCGAAUUAAUUGUUGCUUCUCGUUCUCUCUCCAAGAUCCUUGAAAACGCUCAUCAUAUCUUGAAAUUCUUAUUAUUUCCAAGGUUUGUUGAUGCAGUGUUCUUUUUUUUUUCUUUCCUUCCUUUUCCCUUUACGUAAUCAGAGGCAUGUGAACUUUUCCUUUGUGCAGUUUAUUUAGGCGUGGCAAAAUGAUUCUAAGUUAUUACAUCUAUGAUCUAUCUUUAGUUUUUGUUUCUAUUUAUCGA